ACGCGCACGUCGGCGAGCACACGCUGUGGCGGUGUGGGCGCGCACCCCGUGCACGCGAGUUGAUUCCACUCCGCCGCUUUGCUGAGAAGUUCAUUUCCGACGAGACUGAGACUCGCUGCAUCACUCUGCGGAUGCGUUGCACUCGGCUGUUUUUUGGGCAAUGCGUGCGUAAAAAGAAAAAGAAAAGAAGGAAACACACGCCGGUUCUGUGCCGACAUACCCUCACGUUGCCCCCGCGUCCCCUCGGUGCACGUGAGGUGCAAAGAUUUGUCUUCAUUAUAACGAGAGGCGAGCGAGCCACCUGAGAGGGAUGCGCGCGUGCGGCCUGCGCACAGUUUGCAGCAACUCAUGGAUUAAGCGGCGGACGCCGUGCGACAGCGGAAAACAACGCACGCCAAAAAGAGAGCGAGGAGGGAAACGAGGUGAGCGCGCACUCGAGCAGUAAAGAAGCAUUUUCUUUUUUCCUGGGACGCGCACAGGCUGCCAGGCAGACAGACAGGCAGACAGACAGACGGCGCUGCCGACAGGAGGAGGAGGAUACGCGCUGCAAACACACACAGACAAAAGUUCUCCCGCGUCGAGUUGACGCUUGAUGCCGACGGAUGACCGCGUUCCAAAUUGAUGGAAGUUGUGCAUCAUAGAGGGAAGAGAGGAGCGAUAUCCCCCCCAAGGAAGGAGAGUACCAAUGGACCUCGGCGCAGCGCGAGCGCUUUAGUGCAGCGGAGCCUUUGAGAUAUCCAGUCAUGAUUUGGGUCGCGCUUCUACCCUUUUUGGUUUCGUGCGCAAUCGGGAACAAGACUGCGGAGCAAGUUCCGUUCUUCCACGGGCAUGUCUUCGAGAACUCCUCUCCGGGCUCCCGCGUCAACGGGCUGAGCGUCCCGUUGCGGCGGCUCAACUCGCAGAGACCUUGCGGCGCCGAGGGAGCCGGCUCGGCGCACUUUAAACUCCUGGGGGACGGGUGCGACAAUUUCCGCGUCUUUGAGCACCACAAACGGGGACAUAUUUUACUGAAGACGUCUGGGGUACUGGACCGGGAGGAGCGCGCCGAAUACACGCUGGGUCUGGGCUUGUGCUGCGGGCAAUGCGCUGCGGCGCUCUCCCGGGGAGAUGGAGAGGAGUCCCCGCUCUUCGCCGUGGUGGCGUCCAUCAAGGUGGACGUCCUGGAUACCAACGACCACCAGCCCACCUUCGCCGGUGCCGAUGUGAAACUGAGUCUGGAUGAUGCCACCGCGCUCCGCACGGCCAUCUACGCGGUCACCGCGCGCGACGACGACAGUGGCAAGAACGCGGAGCUGAUCUACUUCGCGCUGCCCAAAAAUGGGAGUUUUUACGCGGUGCCCAAAACUGGCGACAUCCUCCUGGUGGACUCCAUCCUCGGCCUGGAGGAGCCGAUUAAAUUUAAAGUGUUCGCCCGGGACCGCGGGUGGCCACCUCGUACUAGUCAGAGCAUAUCGGUGGAGAUCAACCCCAGGCAGUGGCCCAUCGUUCCCUCGCCGGACCCCCAGCCGGAGAAACGGAAACCUAACUCCCAAGUGCCUGCGCGGAGGUCCAGGUCAGUGCUGGAAUCAGACAGUCCCGUGUUCAUCAACGUGUCGGAGGAUGCGGGGAUCGAUUCGGUGGUGGUGAACCUGAACCCGGUGAGGUUUCAGUCGGCCACGUUCGAACUAGUGGAACCCGACCUGGAGAGCUCGCCGGUCAGCGUGGGCCGGGACAGCGGGGAUUUAGUCAUAUCGCGGAGACUGGACCGAGAGACGGAGCCUCUGUUGGAGAUCACCGUCAGAGUUCAAGACAGACGGGGUCCAGAGUGGUACCUGGUCAGAGUGGAGUUGACUGUGACGGAUGUGAACGACAAUGUCCCAGAAUGGAGCAUGGUCCCCGCUCCCUACCUCGCCACGGUCUCAACCGAUGCCCCUGCGGGCUCGCUCGUCUACAAGCUCCACGCCCAGGACGGGGACGAAGGCAACAACGGCGAAGUGGAGUACUUCCUGUCGGACGGUGGAGACGGCCGUUUCGAGGUGGACAGGAAGAGCGGCCACGUGCGGACUACAGGCCUCCCGCUGCAGCGGGACAGGGAGUACCUGCUGACAGUGGUGGCCGCCGACCGGCUGGGCAGCCGCAGUGCCCCCGCCGUGGUGUCGGUGGUGGCAGGGGCCCGGCCGCCACAGUUCUCAAACGCCUCCUUCACCAUCGCCAUACUCGAAAACACCCCAGAGGGACAGCCCUUCCUGGUCACGCCCGCCGUGUCCUUCCAGAAGAAAGUGAUCAGCUACAGCCUCCUCAUCAAUCCCAGCAGCCUCUUCUCCAUCUCGGCGGAGACGGCCGAGGUCAGCCUGACCCGCCCCAUCGACUACGAGAGCGACCAGCAUCGCUACCUGCUGCUGGUGCGAGCCAGCGAGGGCCUGGACAGCAUGAGCAGCGCGGCAGAGGUACGAGUUGUUAUCGUGGAUGAAAACGACUGCGUUCCGGAGUUCCUCCAGUCCAUUUACAGCAAGGACGGUGUGCCGGAGACCGUGACGACCGCGACCUCCCUGCUGCAGGUGUCAGCCAACGACUGUGACUCAGAGGAGAACGCAGAAUUGACCUAUUACACCCUGAGUCAGGACUUCACCAUCUCCCCACAUGGGACCAUCUUUCCUGCGGGACCUCUGGACUACGAGAGGCCCAACCAUCUGUACGAGUUUGUAGUGAUGGCCAUCGACAAGGGGGAGGUCCCUCGGACUGGUACGACUACAGUGCGCAUUCGUAUGGCCAACGUCAACGAUGAGGCGCCAGAGUUUUCCCAACACGUAUAUCGAACAUUCGUCUCGGAGGACGCGGGACCCAACACGCUUGUUGCCACGGUGCUGGCGAAGGACCCUGACGGGGACGGGAUCACGUACAGGAUCGCCACAGGAAACGAGGAGGGCAACUUUGUCAUUGACAGCCAAAAAGGUUUGAUCCGCUUGCGCUCCAGCCCGCCCCCCCGCCUCCAGGGGGUGGAGUACGUCCUGAACGUCACGGCGACGGACGACAACGCCUCAGGCGGACCGCAGGCGCUGUCGUCCACGGCCCAGGUCAUAGUGGGAGUGGACGACGUGAACAACAACAAGCCCGUCUUCGAGAAGUGUCAGCAGUACCGAGAGAGCACGUCGGUGCUGGAGAACCAGCCGGCGGGGACGUUUGUGCUGCAGGUUCACGCUGUGGACGCUGACGAGGGCUCCAACGGCCGGGUCACAUACGGCUUCAUGCACAAGGACUCCACUGUGCCGGCAUUCAGCAUACACCCCGACACCGGGGUGAUCGUGACAGCCCGGAAAUUUGACCGCGAGCGGCAGCGGGAGUACGCGGUGACGGUGACCGGCACCGACCAGGCGGCCGACCCGCUGAUUGGCAUUUGUCAGCUCAACAUCCUCAUCCUGGACCAGAACGACAACAGUCCCAAGUUCGAGAACAUCCGAUACGAGUACUUCCUCCGCGAGGACACCAUGAUCGGGACCAGUUUCUUGCGCGUGGCUGCUCAUGACGACGACUUCGGCACCAACGCGGCCGUCACGUACUCGAUGUCCAGUGAACAGCCGGAAUACCUCCGGGUCAACCCCCUGACCGGCUGGGUUUAUGUCAACCAGCCCAUCUCUCAGAGGACCUACAUCACCAGGGACAUCGUGGCCACGGACGGGGGGAACCGGAGCAGUUCCGUGGAGCUGGCCGUCACCAUCACCAACGUGAAGAAUCAGCCGCCGCACUGGGAGAAGGACAGCUACAGCGUGGUCAUACCGGAAAACACUGUCCGAGACACGCCCGUUGUGACCAUCAAAGCCACCUCCCCUCUCGGGGACCCCAGGGUGACUUACAAUCUGGAGGACGGAAUGGUCCCGGAGACCAACAUGCCCGUUCGCUUCUACCUGACCCCCAACCGAGAGGACGGCUCGGCCUCCAUCCUGGUGGCAGAGCCCCUGGACUACGAGACCACCAGGAACUUCAUGCUGCGCGUCCGGGCUCAGAACGUCGCCGCUGUGCCUCUGGCAGCCUUCACCAUGGUCUACGUCAAUGUCACGGACGUAAACGACAACGUCCCGUUUUUCACUUCCUCCAUCUACGAGGCCUCGGUCACCGAAGGGGCAGAAACAGGAACUUUGGUUUUCCAGGUUUCAGCCAAUGACCUGGACUUGGGUCUCAAUGGCAAGAUCUCCUACUCCCUGCUGGAGGACCGCAGCGGGGACCACCAGUAUUUCCGUAUCGACCCGGAGCUGGGAUUCAUCUACACCCAGACUGUGUUUGACCGUGAGACCAAAAGCUCCUACCUCCUGGAGGUUCAGUCUGUGGAUGGGUGGGAGUCGUCGCGGCCCGGCAAACACGGACAGCCCAACUCUGACACGGCGUAUGUUCGUGUGUUCAUCAGUGACGUGAACGAUAACAAGCCCGCAUUUGCGCAGACGUCCUACGAAGUUGAUGUGGACGAGGACGCUGACGUAGGCUUUGCCAUUCUCACUGUCAGUGCCAAUGAUGGAGACGAAGGUGGAAACGCUAAACUGCGCUACCAGAUCACGUCAGGGAACACGGGAGGGGUUUAUGAUGUGGAACCAGAAGUGGGCACUAUCUUCAUCGCACAGACUCUGGACUAUGAGCAGAACAAAAGGUACAAGCUUCAUGUCCUGGCUUCGGAUGGCAAGUGGGAAGAUUACACGACGGUGACGGUAAACGUGGUGAACAAGAAUGACGAGGCUCCCGUGUUCACCGUCAACGAGUACUACGGGAGCGUAACGGAGGAGCUGGAUGGCUCGCCAGUGUUUGUGUUACAGGUAACUGCGUCUGACCCAGAUAAAGAUGCCGACCCAGAGGCCCUGCGUUACUCGCUCCAUGGGCAGGGCGCAGAGAGUGAAUUUAUAAUUGAUGAGGUCACAGGCAAGAUCUAUGCCCAGCGGACCCUGGACCGCGAGGAGCGCGCCGUGUGGCGUUUCGUCGUCUUGGCCACCGACGAAGGUGGCGAAGGUCUGACGGGCUUCACCGACGUCAUCAUCAAUGUUUGGGACAUCAACGAUAACGCGCCCGUCUUCACCUGCGCCCCCAGCUGCCUCGGGGACGUGGCGGAGAACUCGGUAGCUGGGACGUCUGUGAUGGAAAUGACAGCCACCGACCUGGAUGACUCCGCCGUGGGCCAGAAUGCCGUGCUCUCUUACAGGAUUGUGGGUAGUUUAGAUGCCACCAACAUCGAGGUAGGGGGAGUGCCGACCUUCUCAGAUAUGUUCACUAUCAACCCCACCACGGGAACAAUCACUGUAGCCAUGGGGGGUCUGGACAGAGAGCAGGUGGAGUCCUACCUCCUGGUUGUGGAGGCCAGAGAUGGGGGAGGGAUGACAGGUACUGGAACUGCCACCAUUCAGAUCAAGGAUGUAAACGAUCACGCGCCGAGGUUCACUGAUCACUCCUGCCUGGCAAGGAUCUCUGAGAAUGCAGCACCCAAUGCAGAGGUAUUGGAGCUUGCUGCUGAGGACAAAGACACCGGAGAAAAUGCCCAGCUCACCUUCAGUGUUGUGUCAGGAGACCAAGAGCAGAAGUUCUACAUGGUCAGCCACAAGCAGGAGCAGCGCGGCACCCUGCGGCUGAAGAAACGCCUGGACUAUGAACGCCACAGCGAGCAGAGGUUCAACCUCACACUUAAGGUUGAAGACCUCGACUUUUCUAGCCUUCUCCACUGUGUGGUGGAGGUGGAGGACUACAAUGACCACGCUCCUGUCUUCAUCCCGCACUUCCUGUCUCUCGCCCCUAUGCCUGAGGACAUCACCGUGGGAACUAGCGUGGCACGCUUGGUGGCCAGUGACUCUGACUCGGGCCAGAACCGUGAUAUCACCUACAGCCUAUCAGAGGACUCAGAUCCCGAGGGGCUGUUCACAAUCGACCAGUCCGGUGUACUCUCGGUGGCCCAGCCUCUGGAUCGAGAGACGACAACCCAGCACCUUUUGGUUGUCAUAGCGACCGAUCACGGGGUUCCACCUUUGACAGGAAGUGCCACAGUCCAGCUGCCUCUGUUGGAUGUGAAUGAUAAUGGACCAGAGUUCGAGGCAGCAUACUCCCCAAUAGUAUUUGAGAAUGUGAUGGGACCACAGGUAGUGAGGCUGAACCAAACCUCGACCCUCCUGCGAGCUGUGGACCGGGACUCUCCGGAGAACGGCCCCCCCUUUCACUUCACCAUCCCCUCCGAGUAUCGCCACAAUAACGACUUCUACCUCCAGGAUAACCUCAAUGGCACAGCGACACUGACCGCUCUGCGGACGUUUGACCGCGAACGCCAGAAAGAAUUCCUCAUUCCAGUCAUUAUGAGCGACAGCGGCCACCCGGCCAAAACCGUGACCACCACCCUGACGGUGACCAUCGGCGACCAAAAUGACCACGGGCACGUGGCAGGGGAGAAGAGGAUCUUCAUCAAUAGUCACAGAGGCCGCAUGCCAACCACGGUGCUCGGAAAGGUCUACUCCCCUGACCCUGAUGACUGGGACAACAAGACCUACGUCUUUGAAGGACACGUGCCAAGUUACUUUGUCCUGAACAAGAGAACAGGUUUCUUGAUCAUCAAGGAGAAUGCGCCACCUGGCACCUAUCAGUUCCAGGUCCGAGUGUCCGAUGGAAUUUGGCCAGAUGCCGUCUCCACUGUCACUGUGCAUGUGAGGGAGCUGCGAGACGAGGCCAUCUACAACUCGGCGUCCCUCCGCCUGGCAGACAUCACAGCAAAGGAGUUCAUUGAACUGAGAGGGAAGCAGCGGAGCCGCUACGAGCUGCUGGUGGACUUCCUGUCCGAGAUGCUCUCUGUUCCACCCGACGACGUCAACAUCUUCAGCCUGAUAGACCCGAGGGAGCGAAUGCUGGACGUCCGCUUUGCCGUGCUCGCCGGCCCGUCCUUCCUCCAGCCAGAGAAGAUGCACGGUUAUCUGGCCGCCCACAAACAAAAGCUCCAGUCAUUCCUGCAGGUCAGCGUGUCCCAAGUGCGGGUAGACGAGUGUCCCAGCGCGGAGUGCGCCGGGGGGACGGGCGGCUGCGCGAGCGUCCUGAACGUGCGGGACACGCCCACGGUGGUGGAUUGCGGGACUAUGAGUCUCGUGUCUGUGACGGUGGAAUCCACAGCCGUGUGCUCUUGCACAGGUAGAGAGCAGUCCCACCAGCCCUGCGCCGCUUAUCCCAGAAACCCCUGCUUCAACGGCGGAGUGUGUGUGGACACUCAGCACGGCUACAGGUGCCAAUGCCCGGCGCAGUUCGAGGGCCCCGAGUGCCAGCAGAACAGGCACAGUUUCCAUGGCAACGGCUAUGCCUGGUUCCCUCCCAUGACGCCGUGUUUCGAGAGCCACGUGUCCCUGGAGUUCAUCACGGACGUGGCCGACGGACUGCUGCUGUACACCGGCCCCUUAGCCCAGCUGCAGGCGUGGGAUCAAGAGGACUUCAUGGCCAUAGAGCUAAUAGAUGGGACCCCCACCUUGAAGAUCAACCACGGCUCGGGCACAGUGGUGCUGCAGUUGCCAGGCAACGUGAACGUGGCAGACAGGCGCUGGCAUCGGCUGGACGUCCGCAGCAACAGCAAGGAAGUGCGUUUCACCCUGGAUCGCUGCUCGGGAGCGGCGGUGAUGGAGAUGGAGGGUCUGGGGAGCUGGUUGACCACAGAGGACCACUCCUCCUGUGAAGUGACGGGCGUCACACCCAACGCUGACAGACACCUGAACGUGAGCCAGGUAUUGCAGCUCGGUGGUGUGAACGAGGACAUCCCGUACAUCUACCCCCAGCUCCAGCACAAGCACUUCACGGGCUGCAUACGCAACCUCAUCGUGGACAGCAAGCUGUAUGAUUUGGGCUCGCCGGCCGAUUCACAGUCCAGCUCUCCGGGCUGCCUGACCACCGACAGCAGCUGUGUCAACAUGGGCUAUCCGUCCUGUGGCCACCGGGGUCGCUGUCACGGCGAGUGGGGCGCCUUCAGCUGCCAGUGUGUGCCCGGAUACACAGGGCACCAGUGUGAAGAGGAGGUCCCGGAGUAUUCCUUCGACGGGCACAGUCACGUGCACUACCAGUUGGCGUCACCACUGCCGGCCAGGAAGACCUGGGUUCAAGUCCUGGUUCGCACCCGCAAACACAGCAGCACCGUGCUCAACCUGAUCUCCAAGGAGCAGAGCGAAUACCUGCGACUGGAGAUCUUCCAGGGCCUCCUCUGUGUUUUCUACAACCUCGGCGACGGAGACUACAACGUGACCCUGCCCACUUAUCGCCUCGACAACGGGGAGUGGCAUGAGGUUCUCCUGGACCGGCACGACAAUGAGAUGACACUGCGACUGGACGGCGGCGGAGGGCAGCGGGAGGUCACGGGAUCGCGGGGCCGGAGCCGAGAAAUCAUAAUUGACGCCGGCGCGGUGAUUCUGGGGAACACCUUCCCGACUGUGAGCAACAAAAGCUUCCAGGGCUGCAUGAGGGACCUACGCAUCAAUGGUCGCUACAUGCCGUUGGACAGCCAGCCGCGAGACGGGGUUUCCCAGGUCAGCGUACAAGGCCUCUCCCUCGGGUGCUUGUCUGACUCCUGCAAAAGGAACCAGUGUAGUGCCCCGUUCACCUGCGUCGACCUGUGGAGAGUGCACGAAUGCAGAUGUCCUCCUGGCCACAUGAUCCGCGUGAACGGCUCCCGGAAGUCCUGCGUCUACACUCUCUGCGCGACGCGGCCCUGUCACCGGGGAACCUGUGUGGCCCAGUCACCCUCCAAGUUCACCUGCCACUGCCCGGAGGGUUACAGGGGACGCCACUGCGAGACGCCACUGGCCAUCUACAGGGAGGACGUGGGCCUGAGCUUCAGCUCUCUCUUCGCAAUCUGCAUCUGCUUCAUGGCCUUACUAGUGCUGCUGCUGGGCAUUUUCCUCUACACCCGCUGGAGGAGCUACAAAGGGCUGAAGGAGGGUGUCUACCACGUCUCUGCCCACCAUGACGGGUGGGAGGACAUCCGGGAGAACGUCCUCAACUAUGACGAGGAGGGAGGCGGGGAGGAGGAUCAGAACGCCUAUGACAUGGCGGAGCUGCAGAAGUCCCUCCAGCCGAGCCCGGCCCAGUCCGUCCAGUACUGCCGCUCCAGAGCCCUGCACCACCCUCCCCCUCCGCCCCACCAUCACCACCACUUGCUCCACCAGGCGCCCCCUGCCCCGCCCUCCGGCCAGCAGCUGGACUCCCUCAGCCGCACGGCCAGCUCCACCACCCUGCCCCCCUCGGCGGGGGCCUCCUCCGCCGCCUCCUCCGCCGCCGCCGCCGCCACCGCCAGCAUCCGCAGGGAUGUGCCCCCGGCCCGACUCCCGGCCCAGGGCCAGGCCCGGCCCUCGCAGCUGGCGCGCCGCUCCCUGUCCUUCUCCAGCCAGGACUUGGCGCGCUACCUGUGCGAGAUCAUCCGCGACGCCGACCAGCAUCCAGACACGGGGCCUUUCGACUCCCUGCAGGUCUUCUCCACAGAGGGAGGGGGCUCGCCAGCCGGCUCCCUCAGCUCCUUCAGCUCGGCGGGCCUGGACGGGGUUAGCGGCGGGGAUGGGGGAGCGGAGGCCAGAAGGGAGGAGACGCUCGGGGAGUGGGGGCCUCGCUUUGAGAAGCUGCGGGCCCUGUACGAGCGCGCCGAGACCAGCGACCUCUGAGUUUUCGGACGUGCAAAGACCAAAACUGAUGAAAAAAAAACAGCCCGUCCGAAACAAUCAAUUAGCAGACACUUAGCGGUGGCCGAGGCGGGACGAUUCAGCGAGCGGCUGACCUCACAGAGAGAGAGAGACUCCCUCCAACGCCCAGCACAGCGCGCUGACAGCUGACGAGGAGGGUGUUGUAUUUACUGGACGAGACCCGUCAAUCAACGCGGUGGCCCCCCGCAAGUCAGACGACCGCGUCCCUCUGUGUGCUCCCUCCAGCUUCGACGGCAAUUGUGUCGGAGCCGGACGUUAUCGGACCUGCCAGUCGGGUUUGAAGGCCUCAGAACAUAACUCUCAGCUCCAGGCCCCCAAAAAAAUCGGUCCCAGUCACAGCCAGUACAAAACCCAAAUCCCCUCUAUUUUCUAACUGUCAUUGUGAGCUGCUCUGGACUCGCGUUUGGAAAAAGAAAAUCAACAACAACAACAACAACAACAUUUUGGCCAGGUUUUACAUUAAAUGUAUUUUUGGCACCGCGUUGCUGAAUUUGAUCUUUGUAAAUAAACAGGAAAAGGACACGGCGCUGCCGCACGACCGAGCAGAGAAGACGAGUGGGAUCAUACUGAGUGGCCCGUGUGAUGAGGUUUUGAUAUUCAGUAUAUAGUGUUCUCACUGCCUGGCUGUACACAGCUUCUAUCAAUGUUUGUAUGAGGGUGAGGGGAGAAAAAACAAAACAUGCGCUUCAACCGCCAUUGGGUUGCAGGGUGAGAUUCAUUUUUCUCCUCUAAUAUGUCUUUUUUCGCUGGGUUGAGUAAUUCUGUAUUGGUUGGGUGUGUUUCAAGUUUCAAAGCUCCGUGGGUCGUACGACAUCAAGCUCUCUACUUACUGCUGCACCCUCAGUGUACAUUUGGUUUCCCAUUCCCGUUCACGCUCCUCCGCUGCUCCGUUGCUCCCCGUCCGAGGGAGGGCGCGCAGACAGAGCAUUCAAACGGCUUUGUUAUAAAGGAAUGGGAGUGGACGUGCGGACCGCGGGGGGGGGGGGGGGGGGGCAUACGAAAUGUGGUGGCUGCCAGAGAGUUGCUGUUUGGCUUUUUUCAAACACAAGAUCGCUCGGUAGAAUGCAAAGAACGUCGAGCGGCCUUCCAAGUCGAUAAGCGCAAAUGGUCAGAGGAGGAGGAAGGCGAUUCAAUGUAUAAGGAUUAUACCUGCAUGGGUCUGAUCCGCGAGACCCGGUCCAAACACCCGUAGUGCGUUGUCCCUGCGUGAAUUACCGCGUUCACUUGUGAUAAUUGUGACUGUGGGACAAAUAGACUGAUGGAAAAUUGCAGGGAGACAAAACCCCGCGGCCAUUAUCCAAGCUGUGAAUUGUGAGCGCGGUGGCAGAGCGUUCCCUCCCGUUUGGCUCCUCCGUGCCACGAGGUGGAUUUUCUUUUCCUCUCGACUUCCCGCUGUUGGGAACAAAGGACAAACAAAGAGAGAGAGACAAAGAACAACAGCGACGGGGCGACGCGAACGAGCAGAGCGGGGCCCGUUCCCGUCCCCUUCGAUCGGAGGGGUGAUUAGCGGGCGGGGGGGGGGGGGGUUGAAUCCGAGAGCGAGUGAGGCGGCGAGGGAUCCUCCUAACAAGUGCCUGGCUCUGUGGUGAAACGUGCCACCGGUGCACCACGGAGCUCAGUGGCUCCGUAGGGAGCUGCAGAGAGAGGGGACGGGGGUGAGGGGACGGGGGGACAGAUGCUGGGGGAAGUGGUUUGUUGCCCCCCGCAAAUGGCAUAACUACACGAGUUCUCACACCUCCCACCCCACUCCCCUCACGACCAGCCACCCCAUUCUCUUCCUGCAAUCCUCUGGGCGGGAAGAAACCCACCGCCCCCGCCCCCCCACUCGCCAACCUGACUUCUCCUUCAGAUACUGUAUUCUGCAGGAAACGGCAGCAGCAGCAGCAGCACUCACAUUGGCAGAGCUGAGCCUGUUGGCAGAGAGCAUUUAAAAGGGUAGGGAUGUGUGAAAACACGUCAGGCCACUAAUCCUAAUAGGAGCUGAUGCUCGCUGUCACGCUGGGGUAAAAGAAAAAAAGAACCAAAGGAUUGCGGGUACUUUCAAGAAAAAAUAAAAAAUAUAUACAGUAUAUAUAUAUGUCAACAGAGGAGUCGAUUCCCAGAUUGCAGCUUUCCCAGAAACAUGCUGUUUUCUGGAAUGGCGAGGCCACAAUGUGGAUUUUACAAAAUAAAAGACUUGGCUGCUAGGUGAUGGGUCGACACCUGACAGUAGGACGUUGUGGGGUUGUUUUUUUUUCCUUUUGAAUUUUAGUUGUUUUUAUAGAGACUGGGUGUUUCCUUGGCAUGGAGGUUAUUUUGUAUUGUCCUGUCGAUGGACGAAGAUGCUCCGCGCUCCACUUCUCUUUCUCUCCGCAGCUGUACAGAGCAGCGGCGCUACUUCCCCCAUUGUCGCCAUUCAUUUGUAGGAUAACGCAGCUUCUUCAACUUUCAAUGUUGUGUUCCGGGUGCAGACCCGUUUGUGAACAGAGUUAAUGUUUUUACCUCAUUUGUAAAUACAGAGAUGGAUCAAUUACUAUUGUCGCUUUUUUGGGGGGGGG